UGAUGCGCGUGGAGUGUCGAAUUGCGCGCCAUUGUGCGCCGUACACGAAAGUGAUGUUGAAUGGUGCUUGGUUUACUGAAGAAUUUUUAACUCAAUUAUUUGUAGUUUCUCAGACUUGAUUCAUUUACAGUUUCUUGAGUCGAGCUCAUUCCAACAUUAUGUCUGCCAUAUUUAAUUUUCAGAGCCUACUGACUGUAAUAUUAUUGCUAAUAUGCACCUGUACGUACAUUAGAUCACUGGCACCGAAUUUGUUUGACAAGCGGCUAGGAAAGGUUGGUUUUCAGGGUACUUUUUGGAAAUGUGCUAGGAUUGGGGAAAGAAAGAGUCCAUAUGUGGCUUUUUGUUGCGUUUGUAUGGCCUUUAGUAUUUUAUUUUGGUCGUAACAUUCUUACAUGGGUCAUUCUGACCAAUGCAUUUGUGUAUUCCAAAAUUAUAACCUAGUAUAUAUUUAUGUAUCUAAGGUCCGAGAUGUGAGAAAAUAAAAAGCAGUUUUGAUAUCUGUUUGUCGACAAACA